UCUACAAUAUCAUCUAUCAUUGCCAAGUAAUUAGGAAUUCUAGGUUUAUGAAUAUGGGAGGCCAUCACAUUAUCUUUUUCUUAAUAUUUGUUGCUUUGAUGAGCCCAGCUUUCUCAGAAAACUCUCUGGAUUCAUCAAAUUCCAGUGCAAUUCAAGGCUCUCACUUCAAUUCCACAGUUGAUCAUCAACUCAGGACAGUUCCAAGUGGUCCAAAUGACUCAUGCGAAUUUCAUGAUGUGGUCUCUAACAGCAAGCAAAUCAGGCCUGAUUUUAUUUGGGUACAGGUAAUUAAUUAUUGUGCACACUGCAAAGCUUAUAAUGUUGUGAUAGACUGUUCGGUGAAGAAUGGACCAGGGAGUACCUGUGUUUUCAACAAUGGAGGUCCUCUAUGGCCAUUGCAAAUAUGGAACUUCGAUUACCCAGGACCCUAUGGCCAGUUUCCAGUGCUCAAUGCUGAGUUUCCUGAUUGUGACUUUUCUUUGAUUAAUUAAUUUGCAGGUUAUUUUGGGUAUCCCUUAUAUUGAAUCAAACAGAGAUAACUAAAAUAAAUUCUCUCUUGUGGAUCAUGGAAUGGGCUCCUGACCCAUUUCUAAUAUGACUGUUACAGACUAUUUUUCUCUAUCUUGCAUAUUGAAGUUUCAAUUUUAUUUUAUUUUCUCA